AAAACUUUCCAAUGGUGUAUAAAUUAUGACUUUAAGUUGAACAGUUAGAAAGUUAUGAUUUUUUUUCUGGCGUUUUGACCUAGCAUAGGUUGACAUGGAGCAAGUAAGAUGAGAGCGUCUUGCUGAGCCAGCGAGACCCCCCCCCCACCCGGCUCAAAAAGUUAAAAAGUUGGAAUUGAGUUUCGUAGAGGAUAAAUCUACUUAUUAAAUAAGAAAUUUAAUAGUAGAUCUAGUAUGCGUAGUAAAUUUCUAGCUCACAAAUGUGAUUUCAUUUAUAUUUAUGAACUCCACUAGUUUAGAAUGUAAAUAUUGAUGAAAUAAACAAAUUAUCGGGUCUAGAGCUACAAGAAAUGUCAGAGGGGUGUGGACAAAUAAAUGGGGACUUUGUGAUGGCAGAAAAUAAGAAAAUAUUUAAAAAGUGGGAUCAAAUCGUCUGAAACAAUUAUUUUUCAAUUUGGCUUUAAAAUUUAAAAAAAAAAGAUUAAAACGUAAAAACUCUUUUAAAACUAUUUAGACACAUGCAUAAUUGUUAUAUCUACUAGCCUAUGCAUGAUUUUAUUCAUUGGAUAGUUUAGUUUUCAUUAAAAAAAAAUAAAAAAAAUAAAAAUCCCAUAGGGAGCAGUGCAAACUUAUGUUUCAACAUUAUAAUCGAUCAAAACAAAGUAUCGUGAUAAAACUUGGCAGAAAUAUGGCCAGAUAUAUAUACUCUAUUAUGGGGGAAAAAAUCAACUUCUUGGACCUUACCUGAAAUGAGUAUCAGUACAAAUUAAAAUACAUAUACCUUCAUGUUAAAAAAAAAAACAUGUAUAGAAGCUGAAAAAGAAAGACAAAAACUAACUAAAAGAAACACAGAAUCUAACUACCAGCAUCUGUGUUUGAAGACAUGGAACAAAAUUUUACUCUUGAUCUGAGAAAAGUGAUAAAAAAGGAAAUGGAGGAAUGUGUUGAAAAUGCUUCAUUAGCACAAACAUUCCAAGAUCAAUGUCAUAAAGUAUCAAUAUUGACUGAAAUGAAACAUCAUGUAACUCAUGAUUUGAAAAUUGAAAUAAAAAAGGAAAUUGAGCAGGAUGUUGAUCAAGAUUUGAUGACCCAUACAUGUAAUAGACAAUCUCAGAAUUUGUCUGUUAUAGGUGACAUGAAACAAGAUUUCACUCUUGAACAGGAGACAAUUAAAACUGAAAGGAAUAUAGAAGAAGAAAGAUUCACUCAGACAUUAAAACAGAAUUAUACCAGUAUAAUGCCAGAUGAUGACUGUGAUUUUAUUGAAAAUCAGCUACAGGUAAGAUUCAUGAGACAAGAGAAAAGAAAAAUUGAUGAUGAGCUUACUGAAGAAAACAAGGAGAAAAAAGAAAAAAUUCUUUUGAAAAAGAAUGUUGCAGUUAAAGGGAACACACUUUCGACUGAAGGAGAUCAAGCUAUAUUGGAGAAAACCAAAAGUUUCGAAUGUCCAACAUGUAAAAAAGCAUUUUUUUCUUCCUCAGAUCUUCAAAAACACCAGAUGAUUCAUACUGGUGAACUGACAUUCAAAUGUGAAUUAUGCCUGAAAGUAUAUUCAUGCUCUGGAAAUUUAAAAAGACACCAGUUGAUUCAUACUGGUGAUAAACUCUUUGUAUGUGAAAUAUGCCAAAUACCAUAUUCGUCACUUUCAUACUUGAAAAAACACCAGGCCGUUCAUACUGGAAGCUCAUGUAAAAUCUGUCAUCAAGUAUUUCAUAACUCUUCAGAUCUAAAAAUACAUCAGAUAGUUCACAGUGAUGAGAAGGGAUUGAAUUGUCAGUUGAGUUUGAAAGGGCUUGAGUGUCCUACUAGUGUGAAAGUGUUUGUGUGUCAUGUUUGUUUAAAAGUGUUUCCUUCCUCUUGGAAAUUAAAUAGACACCUUCUAGUUCAUACUGGGGAAAAAACAUUCAAAUGUCAAACAUGUCAAAAAACAUUUUCUUUAUCUUAUUAUUUAAAAAAACAUCAAUUAGUUCAUGCUGAUAAAUAAUUCUUUAAAUAUAAGACAAUUAAGAGACAAAUCCAAUGUGUCAAUGGGCAUUUUCUUUUGCUAGGAGUCACUUUCAAAUAUUGUUGUUUUUUUUUUGGUUGGUGGCAGGCUUGUUAGAGUUGACUGGAGAAUACAUUGUUUGAGUCUGUGAUCUAUAUUCAAUAAAAAAAUCUAGCAAAGUCAAGGUUCUAGAUAUUUCCUCUAUUUGUAGGGUCAGCUAAGAUUGUCUUAGAUAUAUUUUGAAAAUGUGCUUUUAUUAGUCCUCUUUCAGUACUGGCUUAGAACAGGGGGUGGGUUGCCUGAAUCAGCCAGGAAAACCUAUAACUUAGUAGAGUUGUCUCUAAUAAACGUCCUUGACUAGAUUAACACAUAGUUUUCUUCUCGUUUGAAUUAAUAUUAUAAGUCAUUGCAUAGUUGAGCAUCUCCUGAUGAGCCUUUGCAUUAUUAGAACAGUAGGUUCUGCUCACUUCCUGUACUUUUUUUUUGACUAAAUUCCUUUGUCACAGUAACAUGACAUAUUGCCUUCCAUUUGAAUGUGAUACAGGUUUGAAUAAGACACUGUGUUUCUGGAAAUAAAAUGAUAAUUACACUUGUAUAAUUUGCAGAGAGUUAUCAUUUCUACAAAUUAGGUGAUUAUAGAAAUGAAAUUUAUUUAAAGAACUCAUCUAAUCUCAAUUGUCCCUUGGCUUUUGACUUUCAUAAUACCGGUAGCAGUGCUGUGACAUUUCAUGUAAAAAAAAAAAACCUCCACUUUUCCCAGUCAGCAGCUGUUUUCAGCAGGAUAUCAAGAGAGAGGUCGGUCCUUACUGUCAUUGGCAGGAAAAAUCCUUGCCAGAAUACUCCUUGACCAACAGACCAACUCCAUAGUAGAAAUUGUGCUUUUUGAGAGUCAUUGUAGUUUCUGGGCUGGUAGAAACAGACAUGGUCUUGUGUCAAAUGGAGGGAGCAGAACCUGGACUUUUACGCUGCCUUCAUUAAUCUCACGACAGUCGCGAUGGUUAAUUGAGGAUGUUGUCCAAGUUUGGAUGCCCUCCAAGGUUCCGAUCUAUUCUCAGGACAGUGUCUUGUUAGACAAUGGCCAAAUUAGACACUUCCCCAUAUAAAAUGGGGUAAAGUAGGGCUGUGUACUUGCUCCUCUUUAGUUUUCUCUUUGGUACAAUGCUGAUCCAUUUGAGGUAGAGAUUGCUUGAAGGCAUCCAUGUCGGGGUCCGCUCAGAUGGCAAUGUGUUUAAACUUCUGCACCUAGUGUCCCACACUAAAACAAAGAGUUGUUUGUAACAGAGCUUCUCUAUGCCCAUGAUUGCACCUUACUUGCUUGCACUGAACAUGAGGUUCAGCUGUUAACAAAUUUGCAUACGCUGCCACUGUUUUUUUUAAACAAUAAACUCGGAAAAACAGAAGUCAUCUUUCAGAAGUCACCAAUAAAAUCUACUCAGCCCAAAUGAAUGUACCAUACAAAAAUCAGUGCUAACAAAGCAGUGGUUCUCAUCACUAAAACACUUCAAUCAAAGGUGACUCCACUCCAUAAUGGGGAUACACUGGCAGAACUAUCUUACAAAUAACCAUGUUAUGCUGCAGGCUGUUGUGGACAGUAUAGAAGCACUUCUUACCAUUUGACAACUGAGCUUGGUCUGACACUUAUUCCACAUGGGGGACGACCUCAUGCCAAAAGGGAGCUUAAAGGAGUAUGGAGUAGCAGAUGUGCCCCUUGUAAGCGCUCUAAAGAUCACUGGCAUAGAGGAAAGGCAGCAGAUGUUCUCUGAAAGAGCUAGAUCUCUCUCAAAGGCCUUGGGCAACACAUUUGAAGCCCAGACAAAAACCUUUCCAAAAGACAGGCUUACAAAAGCUUUGCAUUAGAUGUGGAAAAAUAUGGAGGUCACAACUGGGUUUCCGUAAUCAUGUGAAACACUGCACUCAUCCUUAAUGUGAAACACUGCACUCAUCCUUAAUGUGAAACACUGCACUCUUAAUGUGAAACACUGCACUCAUCCUUAAUGUGAAACACUGCACUCAUCCUUAAUGUGAAACACUGCACUCAUCCUUAAUGUGAAACACUGCACUCAUCCUUAAUGUGAAACACUGCACUCAUCCUUAAUGUGAAACACUGCACUCAUCCUUAAUCUUCAGAAUCAAAGACAUUAUCACUAUUAUUGCACUUAAUAUUUCUCUCCACUGUUAAGUGAGUGUUUCUAUUAUUUAAUGUGAAGUCCCUAAGCAUUUUUGUGUAUUGAUAUUUAAAAAUAAAGGAAACAUUAAUAAUGAAUUUUUUUAAAGUAACAUUUAUAUCACAAAUGACAUUAUAUAACUAUUGGUUGUCAGGUUGUUGCAAACAUAGUUCUUGGUAUAAUUGAACUUUCCUUAUUGCUCUCAAACAGCCAGUUCUUGGUAUAAUUGAACUUUCCUUAUUGCUCUCAAACAGCCAGUUCUUGGUAUAAUUGAACUUUCCUUAUUGCUCUCAAACAGCCAGUUCUUGGUAUAAUUGA